CACCGGUGCUGUUGCUCAACGUCGAGUUCCCUUGCAGCUGGCUGCAUUCUGCUCUCGCCGUGCUAGCUAGACGCGUCGAGACAUGGACCGAGUCCGGCCGUGCCUUGCACCCAGGCAGGUCUAUCGUGGCCAUAAAAGGGGGCCAUGCCGUGCUCGAACAUCGUGGCCGGAGCCGACCUCGAUCGUAAGCUUUCUGUAGGCAGCUGUGCAGAAGGUUGUGCUGGGAACAUUGCGGCUACCGGAGAGAGAGUUGUUGCUGCUAACCAACUGUCAUGCCAGCCCAGCGAAAGUAAAAUAAGAGCCCAUCCACGGCGGUCCAGUGGAGCAAUUUGUGAGUUUCUAGGAUUUCUGACUUAACUUUUGAAUUCUGUCGGAAUCCUGCUUCCUUAUACAGCAAGCACGAUGCCUAUUUAGGAAAGAGUGGACGGCGCAAUUGCAUUUUUUCAAGCUGAACGCGGCGGCUCCGUUGCUGCUGUCAUCACAACCAGCUAACAGCCUGUGUUGCGACGCUAUUUCAGAGCCUUUCUGCACCAUCGUAGUUUAACGUGCGUAACUCAGUGCAGCAUCCUUGGGGUACGUGGUAAUACUCUUGCACGCACUUGAUAUUGAUUUUGACGUUGAAAGGUUUCGAUUUGUUGCCGAAGUACGCGUUGUGGAGCGAUGUCAUUGCUCAGUCUACUCAAGUGAUCCACUGGACGUGGUCUGCCUCGGUCUCGUUCUGUCUCGUUCGCAGUGCUUUUUGGGUUCGGCUGUCACACUAGUUUCGAUGCGCGUUUUCUGUAUCGAGAAAGCUGCUGCGGCAAGACAGUCUUCGGUUGUUCUGUGCUAGACAGGUGCGUGAGUGACUUCCUCGAGUUCCGCCUCGGACUGGCCAGCUUGCUCUUUCUCGCAAUGGCGACGUCGGUGGGUGGACCCCUUGCAGUGCCAAUCCCGGGCACGGCACAGCCCCGGGUGUUCGACCCCACUGGAUAUGCAGGCAAGCCCUCAUUAUCGUCGAGGAAAAACACGUGCGCUCAGUCAAUUGAUGAUCCCUGGGAAGAUAUCAUCCCGGAACACCGACGUCCGAAACUCUCCCAGCUGGCCUUUGGUUCUGCGCCCGACAUGGCGGGUGUCGCGGCAGGCCGCAUGAAUGAGAUUCAUCAGCACACUCGAAAACGCAUCAACCCGGGUAAAGGCUAUAGUGACGGAGUAAGGGAGCUGCUAUACUGCACAUCCCCGCAGGGUGACAGCGUUUCUGCAGACUUUCUCCGCGGGAGUACAGGCUGUCCAGCAGGACAGACGCCCUUGUAUCCGGCAGUCCGAUCCAGCAAGCGGUCGCAUCUGCGAAUCUGUGCAGGAGAUCUAGCGGACCAGAGGAAGCAUUUUCAAACAAGGUGGCAAGCCAUUGACGGGAAAAUGGAAUUUUGCACAUGCAGAAAAGGCGGUAGUGCGAGUGUAGAGUUGGACUUUAAGCAGCUCGACCGAGACGCAACAUACCACACCUGGAAACGCAUGCAGGGCGCGUACGAUCGUAGAGGAAGAAGCCACCUACAAUGGGACCGAUUCCUGACUGUCGAACCGGAUGCUCAUCGAAGCGACAGACUUCCGGUUGUGAAAAACCGAUUACCACCUCUUGCAAACCCUGAUGGGCCCUUCGAGACACGUGAUGUCAAACGCCAUCCAAUGGAAGUCAGCAGCCUUGACAGAACCCUCUGCCCACGCAAGGGAGAAAAGACGGAGGAAGAUGUGGCGACGGGAAAAGCUCCCGGCGCAGCAUCUGCGCGUUUCCAGAGCGGGCACUGCGAGACGUCUUCCCUGAAGCCGUACCCAGAAACCCAGCCGCGACAGCUGUACAAGAGGGCUCAAUACGACAAGCUUAACGCCGACGAUUCCAUGUACUACAUUUUGCGCGGAGGAGCCUGCGGGCGUGCGAGCCAACCCUCGAUAUGUGACGAAUACCCAGCCCAAGUCCCACAACUUGGACUUCCCGCGCCCGAACAGCCUCAGCUAGUUCACGAGCAACAAGCGAUCUCCCCGCAGACGCCACAAGACGAAAACAGGGUUUCUCCCAGCAACUAGUAAGCUAUUUCGGAGCUAACUGACCGGCAGCCUGGAGCCGAAAAUCUUUCGACGCUUCACAAAAAAUUCGGGAGCCCGCUGUCCACCAUAGCCGCUGCGGGUCUCCCCAGAAACCGCACGCCGCAGAUUCGAGAUUCGCCGCUUCAAGCAUCUAUUCUGGCACGCGAUUACUCGGCAUCUUCAGAAAUAAAACUACACCGAGGUCCCUCUCAUCACCGGUUGUACGUUUUUUUUGCUACCUCUUGAACGGAAUCGUUGCGCGUAUUCCGCAAACGGUUUGAGCAAGGUUGUCUAGUGAAGCGACAGGUCAUUUCGUCGCAACCUAGGGGACGCUGGCUUCAAGGAACACGAUGCAUAAAAGCAGACGACCCGCUGAUAUUCGUUAAUGUUGUUUAUACUGGCGCCAUUUGCCAGCCUGAUUCAAGGCUUCCGGCAUGUGUAGUAAUAUCCCCUCUCCACCGGAUCGGGAGGGAAGAGCGUGUCUUGUUUUGUACUUCAGCUGACAAGGCCUUGUUCUCCCCCUUACUCGCGCACCUGUGAAAUGACCAUUUUCCCUCCAAGGAGCCAUUGCUCAUGGGGUGAUACGAGGACUCGCUGCUUCUCGCCGGGGACAGGGUUUUUAUAGAUUUUCUCAUCACGCGUAGAAGCGUCCAACGGGCCUUACUGGCGUUGCCGAUACUCUGCCGGAUACUGGUGCGUGGCUGAUUUUUCGCGCGCGCUCACUUUGUGUGGUACGCCAGCCGUAUCACUCUAUGGUGAGUUUGAAUGGGACGGAAACGGCACCUUCGACUUUUUAUGGUUUUUGAUCUGCACAUCGAAAAUACUCUGAUCAACGUCGUAGCUUCGCUCUGUCGAUCGCCUAAAACCCGACGCGCGAUGGAAAUAUCACCGCAGGUUUGCGCUUUGCCUCCUGCUGUUCCGCAGGAAUAUGUAUAACAGCUUUGGGUGUGGAAGCAUGCCGGAGCGCCCGCCAGCGUUUAGUUAGCCCCUCCCCCCCAAACGAUGAAAUUGGUGCACACACAGUGGGAUGUACUGUUUAGAGGGCAAAAGCAUAUCCUAGUCACAAAGAUGGACUUGUCAGUGAAGACGUGUGGACACUCUUGUCAGC